AGCCCUGCAUUGGGCUCUGUGCUGACAGCUCAGACAGAGCCUGGAGCCUGCUGCAGGGAGAUUCUGUGUCUCCCUCUCUCUCUGCUCCUCCCACUCUCUCUGCCCCUCCCCUUCUCUGCUGAUGCUCUCUUUCUCUCAUUAAUAAAUAAACAUUAAAAAAAUGUUAAAUCAACCUUUGUUUCCAGAAUGAUCAAGCUGUCUCAGACUCCCAGGUUUUUCUUUGCCUUGAGUUAAGAUUCCAGAAUGAUUCCUUCCCUAUUCCCCCAUAGGUCAUGCUGUCUCUGUCUGGCUCAGAUGAGAAAUUAUCCAAUAGUGGGUAACAACCCUGGGCAUAAUUUUGAUGAAUUCCAACUUUACUUACAUUUUAAAUAUAAUGCAUACAUAUGUACAAUCAUUUGCCAGAGUCAAGAGGGUAAGAACAGGGACUCCGUUUCUGAUUCUCUUUCAGAUCUGUAGCAGCCUUGGAACGAACACGCUGGCUGCCAUAUUGGCUGGAGUGUCGCUAAUAAUCCUUGCAAUCAGAACGGAAGUCUCCAGUCACUUCUUAUCAGAAACAGUCUUAGCUCGUUAUUUCUUAAUUGGGAUUAUGAUUAUGAAACUGAUCCUCAUAAUCCUGGGACUCAUCGUCUCGGUGUUGCUGUCUGCAUUUGGAUGCAGUGCUGUCUGCUGUGAUGUGACCUCAGUGGUUGUCGACUUAUCCUCGAAUGACUGUGGAGUUGCCGUAGCCUCUCUUUAUCAUUAUUAUGAUGACGUGGCUUUCCAACAUGCUUAGUUGUUGGAGAUAUCAACUUUUGAACCAUUCCUGGACUUCCUCUAAUUGUAUCAUUAAAAGUAAAUCAGUAAUCAGGUAGU